AGCUAUGGUCUCGUGUGGCUUUGGGAAGUACGUGGCUUCUGGUGACCCUUAGCGGGAUGUGGCCCUUUAUGUCUGUAGGGAACGUAUGUGGCACCUUUGGCAUGGGAAUUCUCCUUUGGAGGAUCGCAAGGUUUAUGUAUCGUUACAGCUACUUUUACAACGCGGCCAGGCGUGUCCAGACCAUUGGACCAGUGCAUCCACUCUGGGGCAACCUUAAUCUAGUUAAAGAGGUGCCCGACUACUUUGAGCUUAUACAACGAUGUGUACAGAAGACACGCACGCGGACAUACGUCACAUGGAUUACGUCACUAAGUCAUUAUUUCGGCGUUUGUCACCCUGAAACUGCCAAAUUAUUGCUCAAGUCAUCUGAACCGAAACCCAAGGGAUUAGGCCAGGGUUACCGGAGUUUUAUCCCUUGGCUUGGUGAUGGACUGUUGCUGAGUGAGGGGGCCAAGUGGGAACGAAACAGACGAUUACUUACACCAGCAUUUCACUUCGAUAUUCUCAAGUCCUAUGUAACGACGUAUAAUGAUGUGGCUGAUACGCUUAUAGACAAGCUGCUGAAUGCAUCAAAGGAUGGGAAAAGUAUAGAAAUCUACGAGAUGGUGGGACUGGCUACACUGGACACUAUGUUGAGGUGCUCCUUAUCGUAUGAGGGAAAUGUUCAACAGAAAGGGGACACACAUCCAUACGUCAGAGCAGUUAGGAGGCUUACCCAAAUUUGUCUUGAGCGAACACUUAAACCAUGGCUGUUUUUGGACUGGAUGUUCAUCAUUUCCCCACAAGGAAGAGAGUUUCGUAGAUUGAGCAAUCAUGUUCAUACUUUUGCUGAUGACAUAAUCGAGCGAAGACGUGGUGAUAUGAGUUUAGAAAACCAAAACACAAGAAAGCGUUUGGAUUUCUUGGAGAUCCUGCUUUAUUCGAAGGACGAAAGUGGGAGAGGAUUAUCAGAUCGUGACAUCAGAGCGGAAGUGGACACAUUUUUAUUUGAAGGUCAUGACACUACCGCGUCUGCUAUCACCUGGGCGCUUUACUGUUGCGCAAAAUACCCUGAGGAACAAGAGAAAAUCUACAAUGAGUUGACCUCUGUUACUGACAACAAUAACUACAUGAGUUGGGACUCCAUCAAGAGCAUCAGGUACCUGAACCUGUUCAUCAAAGAGACCAUGAGAAUGUACAGUCCUGUACCAAUGAUCGGUAGGAGACUGACCAAACCUGUCUUGGUGGAUGAUGUCCUCUUCCCCGAAGACUCCGUCUUUGAGAUCAACAUCAGCGCUAUGCAUCACCAUCCGGACGUAUUCCCAGACCAUAUGGAAUUUCGGCCGGACAGAUUUCUGGAUAAGAAUAAUUCGGAAGAUGAUCCGUUCAGCUUCGUACCCUUCUCCGCCGGACCAAGAAACUGCAUUGGACAAAACUUCGCAAUGAACGAACAGAGAGUGUUGAUUGCAAGGAUUAUACAAAGAUUCAGGAUUAAACUUGAUCCCCACCACGAGACGAAAAUCUUUCCGGAAGUAGUAACGAGACCACAGUUCGGGGUUAGAGUCAUUCUGGAGGAAAGGGAUCCCCCAUCUGUGUUUUUGUAACUAACCUAUUGGUUGGUUGGUCACAUUCUUCAAGUAUUUACCUCAGGUAAACUAUUAGUCAUGCGUAUCAAAAUAAAUACCGCCGAUGCGUAACGAGCCGUGACACUUGAUGUGCUGAUAACAAGUCUUUCUUGAUGUGAUGAGUGAAGGUGUGUCGUAUUUAUAAGAAUAUGUCUGUUAUUUGAGAAUUUCUGUUACGGAAAAUCUAGAUUUACACACCAUGUAUAACGCUUUAGUUACAAUACUCGCAAGAUGAUAGUCGUAUAUAUUCAGAGGUCAUAUUUUUUUGUCACACUUUUCGGAAAUAAGCCAAAGAAAAACAAACGCAAUUGAACAUUGAUUUGCUUUAAACUUCUUAACUUUAUGUUGUGAAUAUUCUAAUCUCCAGUGAUCCAUAGUUAGUCUCCAGAAGAUGACGAGAAUUACCGCUCAAACAAGCUUUUAGCAUUCAGUUGAUUCAAAACAAGGCCGUUUUUCCAUACAGAACAGAAAAUAAACCGGACUGGUUUUUUAUGGAUCUAACUAUAAAAUUUCCGUUUGCGGUUGUCAGACUAACGAUAUUUUCUUUGUUGUAUCUCCAUUCUUUAUGCUUUCUUCCAACGCUGCCGUUUCUUUCUAUGGAUAUCAAUCAAUCUUUCUCCAUUGCCUAUCAUUUCGUACAGCUCGUUAAUACGAGCAAAAGAGAUUUGUUCCAGCCGUUUACGAAGUACUGGCCAUUACCCGCCAGCUGUUAUCAGCUUGAUCCGUUAUGAUUGAUGUCGAUCCCACAUUGCUGUAGAAAAUGAUAUGCAGUUUAAAGAUAUGAUUAAGUUUCAUGAUCUCACGAGCAUGUUAGAAAAUUUUAUGAAACGUCUCUUACAAAGAAUAAAGCGAUUUAAAACAAACAUUCGUUAUAUUGUUUUCCACCGUCGCAAUGCAGAAAAAUGCAUGGUAUGAAGUGCAAUAAUACGGGU